UCAGAAUUCAGUUUGCGUAAAAAUAUCAUGGCGAGAGUAUCGUCUCGCACAUUAUCAUGCCUCCUGACGUUUUUCCUCGUAGCUGAAAUCGCGAGCCUGGAGGAGAAUAACAUCCCCACGUUCUUCAACAUCAAAUUAGAACAAACCCGAAACAUCACCGUGCAUAAUGGCUCCUAUACGAAUAUUGUCUUCCAGGUAUCCGGAAAAAAUAUUAUCCCCUCGAUGGGAAUUAAAAUUACGCAGAAAGUGUCGCAGAUUUACGCGCCUUGCCAAGAAUCGGACUUCCAAUACGGUAAUAUUAGUGAAAUACGGUCGGACCAUAAAUAUGGACAAUAUAAUUUAACUGUGCCUCAUAGUGUUGGGGGCAGAAUCUACUUUUGUUUACCUCAUAGUUCAAAGGACAGGUUGACUGGCAAUAAUAUUACUGAAUGGUAUCAUCAAGGCCCUAAUGUAGUGAUAACUUUAAAUGAAAUUGAAAAUCAGCCUCCCCAAGAAAAUUUAAUUGAAAGUCGUGCCCGUCGAGAUGAUCCUACUUCACCACCAGAAAUCGGACGUAUACGCAUUAGAGCAAUACGUUUGGAAGCAUCAAAUGCCUACGAGUUGGAUGAUGAUGGCGUUCCGAAUGUAUUAUCAGGAAGCGAGCAUACGUUACGAUUAUUUGGCGAAGGUUUUACAAACGUUAUGUCGAUCGGUUUUACCAAGACCAACGCGGAGUUUGGCAACCCUUGUGCUAGAGUUCAAACCGACUUCUUUUCUAUUUUGAAUGGCACUCUUGUAAGCGACACUACGGUUCAAGUAAAAGUCAAUAUACCAUCGAUACCUGGAAAUGAACCUUUUUACAUUUGUGUUAGAAAUACGCCUUCAAGUAAAGACAUUUCCUACUAUCAAGGGACAGAACCGUGGCUCCAAAUUAAGACCUACGAUGCAUUUAUGCCACUUUGGGCUUCCAUUUUGGUUAUCGUUAUUUGCAUCUCGUUUUCUUCCUUGUUCUCAGGAUUGAAUUUAGGUUUAAUGUCCAUGGAUAAGACCGAACUGAAAAUCCUGUGCAAUACUGGUACGGCAAAAGAGCGUAAAUACGCGCGCGUGAUCCAACCGGUUCGUAAUCACGGUAAUUACCUGCUUUGUUCGAUUUUACUGGGUAACGUUUUGGUUAACUCGAUAUUCACGAUUUUGCUGGACGGUUUAACUUCCGGUUUGAUAGCCGUUAUCUUUUCUACGUUGGCCAUCGUGUUAUUCGGCGAGAUUUUCCCUCAAGCGGUUUGUUCCAGACACGGGCUGGCCAUCGGUGCCAAAACGAUUUAUAUUACGAAAACUGUGAUGGUACUUACGUUCCCGUUAAGUUACAGUAUCGCCAAGUUUCUGGAUUGUGUGCUGGGCGAGGAGAUCGGCAACGUUUACACGCGCGAGAGAUUAAAGGAACUUGUUAUGGUUACAACUGGUGAAAAUGACCUGGACAAAGACGAAGUGAACAUUAUCAGUGGUGCUCUCGAGCUUCGCAGGAAAUCCGUUGCAGAAGUCAUGACUAAAAUCGAAGAUGUCUUUAUGUUGGACUACGAAGCCGUUUUGGACUUUGAAACCAUUACUGAAAUCAUGAAAAGCGGUUAUUCCAGGAUUCCAGUCUAUGAAGGGAACAGACAGAACAUCGUGACUAUGCUUUACAUAAAAGAUCUGGCUUUUGUCGAUCCUGACGAUAAUACCCCGCUAAAAACCCUUUGCCAGUUCUACCAGAACCCGUGCAAUUUCGUUUUCGAGGAUGUAACCUUGGACGUGAUGUUUAAGAUCUUCAAGGAGGGUAAUAAAGGUCACAUGGCGUUCGUAUCCAGAGUCAAUUCAGAUGGGGAGGGGGAUCCUUUCUAUGAAACGAUCGGUUUGAUUACUUUGGAGGAUGUCAUAGAGGAAUUGAUCCAGUCGGAGAUCGUCGAUGAAACUGAUGUUAUUACUGAUAACAGAACCAAGCGGAGAAGGAAAGAUCAAGCUGAACGCAAGGACUUCACCAUAUUUGCCGACAAAACUGACAAGAACAAGGUCAGGAUGAGCCCGCAGCUUACUUUGGCCGCUUAUCAAUAUCUUAGUACCAGUGUCGAACCGUUCCAAGUAAACGUGAUCUCCGAAACGAUCCUUAAGCGUCUACUAAAACAAGACAUCGUAUGCCACAUUAAGAAAAACAAAGAGUGGCGCACCGAUCCGGUGACCGUGAUUUAUAGCCAAGGAAAAGCGGUGGACUAUUUCGUGAUAAUUCUGGAGGGCCGAGUCGAGGUAACCGUUGGACAGGAAAAUCUCGUGUUCGAGGGCGGACCGUUUACCUACUUUGGCACGCAGGCGUUGGUGCAAACCGUUGGUAUAGAAUCGCCCGCUGCCCCAGCAGGUAUGGGCAGCCUCGAGUCGCUCAACAUCGACUCGAUGCUACGCCACACUUUCAUCCCCGACUAUACGGUGAGGGCGUCCACGGAGGUGUUAUACUUGAAGAUCAAAAGAAGUUUGUAUUUAGCCGCGAAACGGGCUACCCUCAUGGAAAAGUCCAAGAGGGAGAAUCAGACCAAAGAACAAUUCGAUGAGGAAAUUGAUAAGAUGCUGCAGAAAGAUUCGUACGAAAAAGAAGCGAGGCGUCGCAGAAAACAUAUCGAUACGAGCAAAUAUAAGACGGUUGAAUCCGAUCAGGCCCAAAAAGCUGGUCAACUUCUCGACGCCACCGAAGACGACGAUAUCAGUUGCGGAAGAAUCACACCUCGAAGAAAAUCUUCUAGAAAUCUUCAACAGAAUAAGAGUACGCAAGAACUCAUUAACCAAAAUGAAUUGCAGUUACAAUUGAGUCCGAAAAGUCCGGGACACUUGAGUAACGCGAGCCCGCCGAACCGGCUGACCGUGAAAGGGGGCGACGUAAACGGUUCUCUUAAAAGCAGCCCAGUGGACGACGACCAUCACACGAUGGACAGUAAAGGAGAAGAAAUGUCCCUCUUGCCCAAAAAGUCAUAACAUAAGGAGACGGUCCCCUCGGAGCAGGCGGACCUACCCAACUGUACUUAAGGUGUAAAAGUGUAAAGUGCUAGCUGUAUGUAAUGAGGGAUCAUCGUCUUUUACUUGUUAUUAUACACAUUUUAAUUCUCCAAUGGUAGGGUCAAUAUGGCAUUGGAAAUUUUUAAAAGUCUUUGUUUGGUUUCAUUGGAGAUAUUGACUGUAUGAUUCUUGAAAAAUUAAAACUCAAAAUCUACUAUCUAGAAAUUUUAUGGGUUACCUAUUCCCCCUAUAUAAAGGCAUCAUCAGUUACUUAAAAACCGUUAGAAGAGGAAAAACUGACACACCUACAAAAAACUUCUUGUCAUAACAAAAUUAAAGACUGUAUAUUUAAAAUGCUUACAUCUUUGUUUGUUUUUGUUUUUGAGUCAUUUUUUGACGCUCUUCUGACUGAUUUUAGUUUUUUUUUAAUUUGGUUUUUCGUAGAAGUUCUCGUGAAGUCUGAUGAUGCCUUUAUACGGACAAAACAUGUAACCGAUAAAACAAUUUUACUAGACGGUAGAUUUUAUAGUCCGUUCGCUGAGAGCAAAAGGUGCAAAUUUAGCGGGAUGGUUAAAAAGCAUCUUAUUUUAUAUUGUUUGCGAUGCUGAACACGAUUUUUGUAAUUAUCUUUUAAUCUGCUGACUAACAGACAACAAAAAGUUAUAAGCAAAUUAAUUGUUUAAAUGCAAAUAACUUGAAAAUUAUUGGUCGUAUCGAAAAUAUUUGUUAUUAAAAAAUGUUGCUCGUAAAAUUUGCCAAAAGAAAGGUGGUAAGAAGUCUUCGGACAUAUCGUUGUAUUGACCGCGAUUGGCACAACUGAGGCAUGCAAAAAUGACUUAUUUUGUUCUUGGUUUUAUUUCAAUAAUAAUAAUAAUAAUUUGUUUAUUUAGCAUAUUUGCUACAGGAACAAAUAUAAUAACAAGGCAAGAUUCGUGAAACUACAAACUCACAAUUAACAAUAUAACACCUAAAACUAGUGUGUUAAAAAAGUGUAAAAAUAAAAGCACAAAGAAAAACAAUUAAAAUAUAAAACACUUAGGGGAACAUGGGCAAAGACGGGGACGCUAAGCAUUUAUAUCAAUAAAAAUGUUACAUUACAAUAAAAAAAUAACGUUUAUUCUAAAAUCUCUUUCAUUAACAUCCAUAACUGUCCUGGAAUUUUCUUUGCAAAGGAAAAAUCCCAUCUUACCCCGGGCACGGGGCAACAUGGGACAGCCCUCGGGGUAAGAUGGGGGUAACGAGUUUAUUUACAAACAUCACAUAUAUGGCAGAUAUCUAAACAGUCAUCUUUUUCUACUCCGGCGCAAGAAUUGUGGGAGCACUUUUGACAUAUUUGACAAGCUAUCUAUCCUUCAGUGGACCCCACAUACCUAUCACCACAGUAUAAACAUUCGAUGUCGUCUUCGGCUGUAUUCUCUGAAGCACCAUUUGUUCCUUCAGUUUUAUUUUUGACCUGUGUUUUCUUUUUAACCACUUUUUGCUUUUUUUUUUCCUUCGGAACUAGAAGUUUUUAGAUCUUCAACUUCUCUUUUAUACGGCGUUGACGUAAGGAUGGCCGUCUUGCCUCGACGGCAAUUAUUUUUUCUGGCUUUUAUUUCUACAGUAGGAACAGGCAUUAUCUGAGCUGGAGUACAGUUUUCAAAGCUGGUAUUUAAGUCACGGCAAACAUUUUCUGUAGAAUUUGAGCAAACUCUUUUAGGUGGCGACCCACUUGCCUCUGGGGUUUUAUGUAACAGACUAUGUGGUAGAUAAUGUGGCAAGCUUACUCAAAGGGCAAUUAUCUUCAUCAUCUGAGCUUUGGUAGCCGGGAAAUGUGUGUAUGGGCCUGAUAGCUGGUAGAUGGCUGAACAUCAUCACUAAAACCUAUUGUUGAGUGAUUACUAGGAAUAGCAACCGGAAUUACAUUCCUAGUUAAGUUUGACUGAUUUUUUUCAUGGAUGAUAGAGGGAAGACCAUCUUUAUUUGCAUUUGCUUGUGAUUGAGGAACUUGCUCAUCUUCCGUUAGGCUUAUGUUUGUUGUUUCUGCAGCAAGAAAAUUGGCAUCUGUAAAGUUCUCAGAGUUGAAUGGCCAUAUGCCGCAUUUCCGAAAUCCGUUAAUCGCUGUAGACAUAGUGGCAGCUUGUAUGAAAGCUUUACCAAAAAUUUCGCUAAUUUGGAACAUGCUAAUAACUCUACCUGGAUUGGAUCUAAGCCAUGCUGUUGCAGCUUGGUCAUAAUAUACACUCAAAAGCUUCAUAAAAGAAACAUGCAACAGCUGAAGCCGAUGAGUGCAGUGAGGUGGGAAGCAGACUAUAAUCACACCGUUUUCUCUAGCAACGUCUAUAAUUUUGAUGUUCUUUGUGUGCGUAGAGUGGUCGUCGAGUAAAAGUAGCACCGGGUUGUCUUUAGUUGCUCCACUGAAUUGGACGAAAGCUUUGAACCAUGAGACAAAUAUGUCUGUUGUCAUCCAUCCACUGGCAUUGCAAUGAAAAGUUGUUCCUGGUGCCGAGUUAUUUAUUAAUUCGGCUUUCAUCCGUUUCCGAGGAAAGAUUAGCAUCGGGGGCAUAUAAUUCCCUGCUGCGCUUACACAAAUCUUGCAGUAACUGUUUGUCCUCGUUCAGCUGAGGAUAGCGACCCAACUUCGAGCUUCUUACCCUUGCAUGGAAUUAUCUUUGACUUUGUAUUUGAAACCGAAGAGACUCGACCGUUUCAUCACAGUUAUAAAUCCUAUCUGGUCCUAGUUUAUAGUUAUCUAAAACAUCACCCAAAAGCUUAUAAAAUUUUGCGACGGAAAUUUUAUUAAAGCCCAUAGCCCUAGCAGCUGAGGUUGCCUCAGGCUUUUUUAUAGAUAAAUCACUGUGACGUUUUAAAAAUCCUUGAACCCAGUCAACACCUGCGAGUUUGGCUGUUUCAUUAAAUCUAUGUUUCUUGCCAUUUUUGACGGCCAGUUGGUAUGCUAAACUUCUCAGUUCCAUUAUGCUAAGUCCAAAUAAUCUUGCUUCCAUUUUGUUAUUGUAGUUACACAACCUUUAGGGCUAAUUACAACAGUUGUAAUUAGCCCUAAAGGUAGAUCCAAUUUCAUUUCACCUUUGGUUUUAAUAGCGUUGACAUGUCUCGCCAACGUUGUUUGUGGCACAGAGUAUUGCGACGCAGCUUUACGAUAACCCAUUUCUUUCGUCAAAACUUUUUCAAUCGUUUUUUUCAUGCUUUCCUUGGACCACUCUCCUCUCGUUGUUUUCUUUUUAUAAUUGCGAACCAUUCUGCUGCAAAUAAAAUAAUAUUUUAAUUGACCAAUAUUUAACUAAUCAAUUUUUCCGUUGAAUUUUUCAUAGAUAUGGGUAUUGGAUACCCCAUCUUGCCUCAAAUAGGGUAUCCUAUCUUGCCCCAAAGCACGUGUUUUUCGAAAGGUAUUUUCUUUUUGUAAAAAUGGUAAAUUGGCUGUAACUCGAGCAGACGCGCACCGAACGAAUGUCUCGGAUGCAUUGAGCUCGCUGCGCGGGUAUUGUCGGGACAUGUGACUCUAGGCAAUAAAGGUGUUCACACACUUUCAGGUUUUGAUGUAAUCAGGGUACUCCAUCUUACCUCAUGAUCCCGUCUUGCCCCUAUUUCCCCUACAUAUGUAUAUAUGUCAUAUGUCAUCUUUUUAAUAUUUUUCUAAAUAUAAUUAAGCUUUUACAGUUCUUUAUAUUAAUUGGUAAUUCAUUAAAAUUUGUAAGACCUUUGUGUAGAAAAGUGUUAUGUAAUUAUAUUUGAAGCAUGUCUACCCAUCAAUACAAAAUCCUCCUGUUGUCUGGUAGCAUAGUUAACUAAGCACUAAAGACUGUAAUCUUUUCACAAAUAUAGUUUGGUAGCAAUUUAUUUUUUAAUUUAAAAAUAAACCUACAGGUAGUAAAUAAUAUUUUUUGUUUUACCGAUAAGAUAUUUAGUACAUUUAACAUAUUACCUAUCGGUGUAUAUCUAUUACAUUUUAGUAUUAUUCUCAUGGCUCUGUUCUGUAUGAUUUGUAGUCUAUUGACCCUGUAAUCCAGAAUACCAAACAAAAGUGUAAAACAAAAAUCCAAGUGCGGCAAAAUAAUACUAUUAUAAACUAGCAAUUUUGUUUGUAAAGAGAAGUUUCUGCCAAUUCACGAUAAUUUUUUUUUUUUUACAUUUUGCGUUAUGCUGUCAAUAUGAGAAUUAAAAUUUAAAUGUGGAUCCAAAACAACACCCAAAUGUUUAUUUCUUUCUGAUAGGAUAUUGUUUCAUUAUUUACCUUUACUUUUAUUACAUCCCAAUUUACUUCCUAGUUUUACUCCCAAACAGACAAAAUUUUGUUUUAGCUGCAUUAAUAUUCAAGUAAUUAUCACACAGCCAGUUGUAUAUAUUAUCCAAAUUAAAGUUUAGAUCUUCUUGCAUCUUUUCAAUAUUCUUUCCCACAACAUACAACAUAGUGUCAUCUGCAAAUAAUGCUGAGUUACUUUUACUAAUUACUUUGACAAUAUCAUUAAUAUACAUAAGGAACAGAAUUGGACCCAACACAGUACCUUGGGGAAUACCAUGAUUAAUAUCUUCAGCAACAGAUCAUUUAUUUUCACCACUUGCUUCCUUUUAUGCAAAUAAGAUUUAAACCAACUUAGAACGGUACCUCCUAUCCCCAUUUUUUCCAUUUUAAGAAGUAAAAUAUUGCGAUUUACCGUUAUAAAAGAAAAUUGCUUCGAUUCCAUUAAUUACAUUUUCCAGAAUACAUUUUUACAGGGAUGCAAAGUUACCGCAAAUAGCUAUGAAAUUUUGCUCUUCGGACCGCAUUCGAUUUGCACCGUUUUCGUGAAAAAAUAAAACUUAUAUGAGCGACCUUUAAAACCUUUUUUUGAUACAGGGAGAAGUUAUGAUAAAUCAAUAAAUAAUUUAAAUAAACAAUUUACUAAUACUUGCCACCACCACAACUCUAGCAACUAGGUCUUCUCUGGUGGGCACAGGGAUCGCGUAUAUCAGUUGUUCCAUGGCGCCCCAGACAAAAAAGUCUAGAGGUGUUACAUCAGGUCAUCUUGCUGGCCAAAGGACUCAUUUCUACCAAUCCAUCUGUUGUUGUAGGGCUGGUCUAGGAAACCCCUUACAGCUCAAGCGAAAUGCGUUGGACAGCCAUAGUGUGGAAACCAAACUUCUCUCCGCAACUGGAGGAGCACUUACAAACUUUUUUUUUUAAAUAAAGGAAAACAUAAAACGUUAUCUUAAUCUCGCACCGAUAAAGUGGAUCUUGGACUUUUUAAAAAAAAAAUUUGACAAAACAGGAUGUUCUUUACUUUAUAUUACGUAUUUGUGAAGAAAAUGUGUGAAGAAAGUUCGGUGCUUAAUUAAGCUCUCAUCCUUAAAUAUUUUACCAAUUAUUGGAUAAACACUUUGGGACCUUAAAUAUGAUUUUAAGAAUAGUUUAUCUAUCAUUAAAUGUAGUUGAUUUUAUUAAGGUAGUAUCACUAGUUUUCCAAAAAAAAAACAAAUUAUUAAAUUAUAGCUUUUUUUAAAUCGUCAUAAAAGUGCUUCAACCAAAAUGACCCUAACCACCAAACUUAAGGUACAAAAACCAAACGAUUAAUUCAAAAACGUAUUUACACUCUCAAAUUCAUACUCAGAAAUCCCACUAUUUUCUCGUGACAAAAUUAUAAAAGUAUUUCUAGUAGUUCUCAAGCUAUCACCGUUAAAAGAUAGUAGUUUGAAAUUAUUGAAAUUUGAUAGUUCUUGGACCUUGGAUGACAAAAUCGCCUCUAACUCAAAAAGUUUCUGAGGCACAAAAAAAGGUUAAUAUAUAAAAUUGUUCGAAAAUAAUUGGAUUUUUUUUUUAUUUGUAAUUCUUUUAAAAAUAUUCGAAUUGUUUCAUAGAAAUAUUUGCAAAAAAUGAGAAAUUGGUAAAAAAAUUGCCAAAAAAAGAGGUCCAGCCAAAAAUGCCCUUUCUAUUCAAAUCUUGAAUUCAGAGUACCGUUUUUACACUCAAAAUCAUUCUCAAGAAUUCCACUAUUUUGUCGUGAAACAAUUAUGAAAAGAUUGCCAAUGGUUCUCAAAUUAUGACCAAAAUUUGAUGGCAAUCGACAUUUCGAGGUACACGAAGUGUAUAUAUGAACAUUUCAUAGAAAUAUUUUCAACAAAAAAAAUUGAAAAAUUAAUUAAAAAAUUAGAAGAAAGAAGUGGAUCAACCAAAAAUGGACGUAACUAGGUCAGAGUGAGGUUUCUACCCUCAAAUUGUCCAGCAAGUAAUAAAAUACAUUAAAUUACAAUUUUGUUUUAAAAUCUUCAAAUUUGGUGAUUUCUGGACCUUGAAUGACAAAAUCUAACUCAAAAAGUUUCUGAGGCACAAAAAACGUUUAUAUAUAAAAUUAUUCGAAAAUAAUUUCUUUAUGUGUAAUGUUUCAAAUAUUUUUUAAAGUUUUUUUUAAGUAAACGAUCCUUGUAUGGAUUUUAUUUUGUUACAUGAAAACGGUGCGUUGGAGCGCAAAAAUUCAAUGGUUCUUCUGUGUUAAAAAUUAAUAAAAUAGUUUCAAAAAAAAACUUUUUUCAAAAAAACAGUUAAUGCAGAGGGUUAUUAUUUUUUUAAUUUUAACACCCUAUAUUUUAGAAGCGACUGACUUUCGAACAUCGGUGUCCUAUCUCAAACUAUUUCUUUCUCUAUGGUAUACUCUAGUAUAUACUCUAUAUAUACUCUAGUAUUUUUGACCAGUUAAACAAGGAUGAAACACAUUAAAAACAUUUAUUUUACUAAUUGCGAUUUAAAUAAAAUAGUAGAAAUAGAAUUAUACUACAUAAGAACAUUACACUCAUACUGUGUAGAACUGGCCAUUAUGCAGUUAUUUCUUAUUUAUUUCAUUCAAGCGCUUCUAACUUGAAAUCCGUUGCAAAUUUCGGUAUAAGAUCUUGUUUUGGCAAUUUUUCACUGACAGCAUUUUUUGGAUACGACCAAUACUUUUUGAGUUAAAUGCAUUUAAACUAUUAAAUUGUUUAUACAUUUUUAUUGCCUGUUUUAAUUAAAAAAUAAUUAUCAAAAUCCUGUUCUGCAUCGCAAAAAACAAAAAUUACAAGCUUUUUAGUCAUCCCGCUAAAUACUAUACCUUUUGCUCUCAGCAAAUGCUUAGUUUGUUUUUAAGUUUUAAUUUUUAAAGAAAAUAUUAUGUAAUGCCGUUUUUAGGAGAACUCUUUUUAUUCAAGAAAAUUAAGAAAAAGGAAAAAAAAUACAUUUUUGUUUUUAAGUCGACAAAUAAAAAACAAAAGCCAAAUGGAUUUUUCAACCUUGCCAGAUUGAUCGUAUUACGAGGUUCUUUUUAAUAUAAUAACAUUCGUUAAUUGAGAGGAAGUGUAUUUAUUUUGUGUGUGUUUUUAAAAAUAAUUUUUUAUGUUAUUGGGUUACAUAUUAAUUUCUACUCUACAUAUAUCAUCUAAAAAGAGUAUGUAAUUGAGAUUAUUUAGUAGUACAGGGUAGCCCAAAUCCGAGCCACAUCAUUGGGAUAUCGAAAGUAAUAAGUUGGAACAUGAAUAGUUAAGUUAGAAAAUAGCACGCUAUACACCAAAAAGAUAUAAGCAGUAUGUAAGAAAUACAAAAGUAAUUAACAUUGUUUGUUAUUCUUUCCAGGCAGUUGAGCUCUUUUCUUACUAAGAAAAAAACAUGGUUAAUUUCUCUGCGAUGAUAACUAUGCGAAAUAAUCUAGUGGUACAUGUGUUAAACCAUUUUCUGCAGUAGCCAGUAAAUUCUUCAUCUACCUGGUUAUCAGAAGUAAACCCUAUCUUUGUCCAUUCUUUAUGAUACGACCCUAAUAACCUAAUCCCUAUUAUGGGUAUUCUUCUCCAUUAAAUUGAGAACUUAAUAUUGAUGAUCAAAAGUUGGGUAUUUAAUGCUGGAUGCUAAUAAUCAUAUUUGAUUUUCCUUAUAUUAUGAUCUAGUUCACAGUCUCUGCAAAUAUCUAAUAUAUAUAUUGUUUGCAAGCUUUUAUGUUCAAUUCGACUUCAUCUUAGCAUCUAAGGCUUGAGAAAAUAUAUGCUCAGAUAAUAUUCCAGAUAGAAAGCAUCGUUGUAUAACCUCUGUCAAUAAUUGAUUUUCUUAUUUAAUUGCAGUUUGAUUAUGGUAUAUAUGAUGAUUGAUUCUUAGUUCUCUAUUGUCUAAGUCCACUUUUUUUAGAGUGUUUAUGAGUUUGUCAUAUUUAACUGUAUCCAAUUUCCGAUAAUCGAAAAAGCAAACGACUAUAUAUCAAACCUUCUAAAUAGAAGCUGAACAUCAAAUGGACCGUUCUGAGUACUUACAUCAACUAAAAAUGAAGCUGUAUAGUCGUGUCAUGUAAAUGGCUCAUCAGAAUAAUAUUUCAAUUGUUUGUUUUUUUGAAAUUGAAAAAAUACUGUAAAUAAGGAUAUUAUUGAGACUGCUUAAGUAUAAAUAUGUGUCAUCUUUAAAAUUUUCUUUUUCGUCUUUGAUCCAAGUGUCUCUUCAACCUUCUUCUGCCAAUAUCAGAUUUACUCAAUUAUCAUCCACAGAUCCGACAUUAGAUAUGUGCAUCUCUCUAUCAGCCAUUUAUCUUUGACUAUUCCAUUUGUUUUUUGUUGUCUAUCUUUUUGUAAGGUGUUUGUAAACCAUGUCGGAAAUUUAAUCAGCUUGACUUUACUCUUCUUGUUCUGUAUUACCUAUUUGUAUAUCAGUGCUGAGAUUUUCUUCUUGCUUUGUAUUUUAUUUUAUAUCUUCAUUUUUCAGUUUUCUUGCAGCAUAUUUCUUGUACUGCCUGUCCUUGCUGUACUGAGUUUUUCUAGAUCCUGGGAAUUUUUUGAUGUGAAUAGAUAUAAAAAAAGGCCAAUGGAUGUCAUGGUUGACAUAAUUUCCGUUGCUAAAUUAUGAAUGAGAAAAUAUUGAAAAUUAUGGCAGUGGGGACACGUUUAAAAUAUUUUAUUACUUUUAGCAUUUCCACUUUUAUUGGCAGUAAAUUUCAACUUAAUCUACUUCCUCAAGUAACUUCGUAAUUUAAAUGAAUCACCUUAAAUCUGUUUUAUCGGAAUGCUUCAUUGGUUUAGUUCAGGGAUCAAUAAAUAAAUAAAAGUGCAGGUUUCACCAAAUAUAUUGGCUUCUUUAAGGCAAAUUCAAAAUUUUGGAAAUAAAACGAUGGACAAAAAUUGUUCCCUGAAGAAGGCAUUAUAUUUGUCGAAACGUCGACCAAUUUGCAUAAAUUUGGACUUUUAUUUAUUAAUUUCCGAACCCAAGAAAUCAAACGCUCUGACAGGUUUGGAUCAGUAACAGAAAACACUACCUUAUACGUGCAAAUUUAAAUAUAUUUUAAAUAUAACAGCCUAUACCUUAACUGACUUUUAAAAUAUUUUAAAUUUUAUUUUUCAUAAAAGAGGACUUCAGCUCGUUAGUUGCAUGAACCUAAAAGCAGAAUUGUAGCAUUUGUCCAUAUCCAUUCCCUAUUAAAACACUUUAUUACGAAUUAUAUUCCAGAAGUGUGAUACAAGAAAUGACUUAAAAUGCCCGGAAUAAAGGUCAAAAUAAGCCCAAAAGUCUGGUCGUUCUUUGUUUAAUAUACACUACAAAAUACCCAAUUUUUCAACAUGGAUUUCCUACUAUGGCAAAGUAUGAAUUAACGUCAAUUUUCCAUUAAAUAACCCACCUUGUGUCUUUGACACUGGGAAUUUGGGCUACUCCGUACAAAAAACUCUAAAAUAAUUUUUUUUAAAGUAAUAUUCAAAUUUUAAUAAAAAAUGAAAAUAUAAGCUAUAUCGAAAUCAUUAUGAAAAACACAAAAAAAAAUCAUUUUUGCAGUUAGAAAUCUAAAAAAUGCAAGAGAUAUCCAGAAAAACAUGCAAUUUUAGUUUUGAUUUUCCUUUGCAAUUCGUCUGGUUUUUACCUUCGAAAAUACAUCUUAAGCUUUGAAAUCGUAAACCUUUUUUCACAAAUUUAAAAAGGGCAUUUCAUAAAACAAUGAACAACUUUAGAGGACAGUCGUCCAACCAAAAAAAAAACAUUAAAAUUUGACUUUUCUACCCGUAUUUAACCCUCAUACAUACAGAAAGCCCUUUAUAAAUUAAAUUACUUAAAUAUAUGUUAUAUAAUAAAAGAUGCAUAUAUUUUAUGCAUAAGUUAUGAUGGCGCGGUACUUGUUGCGCUUUUAUUCUAAAUGUAUAAAUGUUGUUUUCACAUUAGUUACACCUAUAUUAAAAAAAAUAUAUCGUUAAUUAGUAGGAAUAAGAACUGCCCGGUUUUUAAAUUGGAAAUUUGGUACUUUUUACACUAGAUAUAUAUACGUCAUUGCUGUUUAUUUUAUACCAUAUACACCAUGUUUUUCCUUUGUAAUACGUACUAAACGGAAAUGGUUAUUUUUUUAGGUAUCUGUACUAAACUACAACGAGCAAUAAAGUUUGGGAAUGUUUAAAUUUAGUCCACGAUUUUAAAAUAUUUAGGUAAUUGUUGUUACAAGGUACUACUUAGGUGAUAAAUUUAAAAAAUAAUUAUAACGAAUUUUAAAAAGGAAAAAUUAUCGUGUAGAUCAUAUUUAGAAGAAAUUUUGGUGAGAUGUUUAAAUAUAUGUUAAAAUGUUGCUCUGAAUAUGAAACUCGAUCAAGUCCCUAAUAAUUAAAACGAAAUCCUUCUUAAGUUGUUGUUUGUUCCACGUUAAAAUAAUGUAAGCAGGAACGUUUUAUAAAUUUCGUCUAAAUAAGAAAAAUUUUACUUACAUUUUAUGAAAAAAUACCAAAUGAAAUAAUUUACAUUAAAUCAAUAAAAUUCUUUAUAUUGGAGAUGAACCCACAUGUCUUAAUAAUACACGUCCAUUUUUUUGCCAUAAUAUGAAAGUUACAUCAAAAUUCAUUGGAAUAUUUGAUGUUUUUAAAUUAUGUAUUUCGUCUGUUUUAAAUGUCUGUAUCAAACAAAUUUUCGUCUGGUCAAAAUAAUAAUAAAUUGCACAAACUUUUAAUUAAUAAUUUAAAUUAUUUAUGCUGGACGCACUUUUCACACGAACGGAUUUAUUGUUUCUUCAAAAAAUUAUUAAAUAAUUAUUUUGUUGUAGUAUGUUAUACUCUUUUACAGACCUAAUUUUAUACUGAAUCCCAUAUACUGGGUGAAUAGUAAGCAUAAGCGUUUUAGGUGCAUAAUCCCACACACAUAUUAAUUAUGCACAGAAAAUAAAACAAAGUCUCUAUCAACCCUUGACAGAAACUUAUCGUCUUCUUUUUAUGCGAUAAUGAAGCUUCUUAAUAUCGAUACCUGAAUACAACAGUGAGAUAAAUCCUAAUUAACUGUUUUGAGAUAAUGGCAAUCUGAUUUUGUAUGGUGGUAAUUAAAUAUUUUUGAAGUGAAUUUUUGUUUAACCACGUGAUUUUACAUAGAGAAAAACAAUAAAUUUUUAUUAAACAUGGCUAAAAUUGUUUAGGAUACUUAUUUUUAAAGAUAUUAAAGAAAAAAUGAGUUAUCUCAGUAUUGCUUUUAAGUCCUUUUCAUUUUAUAAUUGCAUAAUAUGGGAUAUCUUACAGUUGCAUUAAAUACUAUUGUUUAAUUUUAGGUUAUCCCAUUAAAAAAAGCAUUAAAUAAUAAUGUAAGACCAUACUUAAAGGGGAAAUGAUUUAUAUUUUUUUAUUAACAAAAAACAUCAAAACAAAAUAUCAAAAUGAGAAAAGUGCUAGAUUAUUUUAACAUUUUUAUUCUAAGGUGCCAUCUUCGUUGUCUUCUGUCACCUUGGAGUUUUCAUAUCCCUUUAGAUUUAAAAAAAAUUGGUGAUAUCUUUGAGGAAUAGCUUCCACUUUCACACAAAGAAAGUAGGUCUCUUAAUUUAUUCGCAGGUAUUGAGGGUGGUUCGUUUCACGCAGGUGUUAAUUGUAAGGCCUCGCAGGCUCUUCUGCCACCUCUCAUCCGGAAUUUGACGUUAACUGAUUUUGUAAACUCUUGUUCUACAUAGGACAUCUUAUAUUAAAUGAGGUCUGGCUCACUAACAUUUACUUGAAUCAUCUUCACAUGCUGCCAUAUACAUUUAUCUCCGUCAUUAUUGAUAUUAACAUUUUUACCCGUUUCGUCCCAUAACUUUUUCCAGUCUAUAAAGUCCUUCGUCUCCAUUUCUUUUACAAUAUACAUAGGAGCAUUUUUUUGCACAUCGUAUUAUCAUGGCUAACUCUGAUGGAACAAAAAUAGGUCCUUGCUUUAAAACUCUAUUUUUUUCUCGUUCAAUGCAAGCAUGAACACAGUCACCUUCGUUUUCAGCGUGACCAACAAUAAGAUAUUUAUGUGUUUUUGUUUGUAUAUGUAAUGAUUUUAAAGCAUGUAAAUACAUACAAAACAAAAACUUAUUUUUGUUUUGAGCAAUCCAAUUAUCGCUAUAAAAAAUCACUUCUUUUUUUACCCUGGCAAUAUUCUUUUAAAAAGUUAUAGACUCCAGUUGCUAUUUCAAUCGCUCCUCUUUUGGCCACACUUUUAUUCCAUAAAUAGCAAAUACCCUCUUUACUUUUAAUAUUAAAAACAAUAAAAUUAUAUGCGUUUAAUUUACUUUUAUAAAAAAACGUUGAAAUAUUUCCAUUUGAAAGUGGCAUUACUGCUUGUAAAUCGAAGGUAGCCAAAACUAUAUCAUUUUCAAGCUUAAAUAGGUUUUUAUCUUUUUCUUUUUCCAAUCGCGAGUUACGCACAUUUUCUUUGUGUAAAUCAUAUUCAUUCUGCUUCAGCGCCCUUUCAGUUUCUGAACUGUACUUUUCAAAUAUUACACAAAAUGAGCAUUGAUCCUUUUUUGGUUGGAAAAAUGAAAUAUUAAAUUUGGUGUUAAAUACCUUCCUAUACACUGGUUCUUGCACAUAAGGUUUCUGAUCUUGUUCACAUCUUUCUUUAUAAAAAUUUGUACAUUGAAGAGAUAGAUAGUGAACCAUCUAUGUACUCUUUUUCAGUUCUAGCUCGGCAAUAGUGGGAUUCCACUCUAGGAAAGCUAUUAAUGUGGUCCUCAACAUCGUUAAUUAGGUUAAUGGGAGUUUUAUUACCACUUUCUCUGGUUCCUUUCAUAUCAUUUUCUAAAAACCCAUUUGGUGCCUUUUUUAUCACAGUACUAAUGGUAUUAUUAGAAAUAUCUAAUGUUGCCAUAAAAAAACAUUUACAGACUCUUACAUUUUUGCAAUUGACUUCAAAAUAGUACGCAUGGUUUAUUUUUCUAUGUUUACGGUUGUCGGGGUUUUGUGCUACCUUCUUUGGCGUAAUUGUUUUCAUACACUUUAAUAGGUAUUCACGCUGUCUUGUUUUAUCAGCUAGCUUAUAAAAUUGUUGAAAAAUAGAUAUUCUAUUUUCUUUAGAAACGUGUGUAGCACAUUUGUACAAACAAUUUUCAUUACAGGGUGGCUUAAUUCUUUUUGGUCUAUGGAUCUUAUCAAGUCGCGACGUAUAUUCCUGACCAGAGUUUAUUUUUUGUUUUUUAACAUUUCUUGCCCACAAAUUUUCUUUUCUAAGACGUUUUCUUGUUUUCUUUUUUGUAUUCAUAAGUUCUUCAUUAUUAUCUCUACCAUCACUGCUGCUACCUUCUACUUCCCCAUCAUUAGGGUUAAAACUGGGAUCCUCAUCAUUGGAAGAUUCUUCUUCAUUUCCUAAAUCUUAUCCCAUUUUAUUUUGAAUUUCUUGCAAAGGUGAAACCUGUUCUUUUCUCAUUAAAGUCUUUUGUUCGUUUACAUCUAAAAAUACAGAAUAUUUAUUAUUGACUUUACACAGAAGUUACUAGACACAGCUUUUAAAAUUUUUAGAUGCAAUGCAUAGGUAUUUAAAAAAAUAAUUAGUAAACAGGAUUAUAAAUAAAACAACACACAAAAACGUACACACCUGAUAAAAUAGUAUCAUCCGUAAUGACUGCCAUAUCCACAUUAUUCUCGAAUUCUUGCAAAGUUCCAUAGCCUAAUUCUGGUUCAAUGACUUGCUGUACAUCUGACGUCAAAACCUCAUCGUAUUCACCGUGAAAAUUUUGUGGAACUUUUUCUGAGGCUUAAAAAAACAUAAUUGUUCAACAACCUGCACACCAAAAAGCUACCUAGAAUAAUACUAUUUAUAACUUUGUUAUUAAAAAAAAUCGUAUUUUUUUUAAACUAAAUGAAAAUUAAUAAUUAUUAUUUAUUUAAUAUUAUAUUCCAAUAAACUUACCAUGUAAAGAAUCUCUACUAUUUUCUAAGUCAAUUUCAACUUGCUCUUUAUUUAAUGUAAUUCUUGGAAAAAUGUCAUCAUCCUGGAUUAAAAUUUGUGGGUUUUUAGCUGAAAACAUUAAAAAAUUUUUAAGAUGCAAGAAUUGUAAAUAGUACUUAAAUAUUAAAUACUAUCACUAUUACAUUCUAAUCAGAAAGUAACAUGUAAAUAUUAACAAACACACCAGAAAAAAUGCUAUCCUCAAUGUCUUUUGUAUCAAUAAUAAUGCAAUCAUGAACUGGUCUUGCUAAAUAAGAGUGUCUAUUUAUUGAUAGGUCAAUCUCUUCUAUUAUUGGAAUAUUUUGCGCUGAUUGUUCUAUAGAUACAAAAAGAGAAGAAUAAAUUAUUUAAUUUUAAUAAUACCAACUUUAAAAAUUAUACCUACUGCAAAAAUACACCUUAAAGUAAUAAGUGUAAAAGCUUUUGACUUUAAAUUUUGUGGAAAAUUAAAACAGUUGUUAGGAAUAAGGUACCUAAAAAAAUUACCUACAAUGUACCUACCCAACAAAAAUUUGGGGUUUAUAGACUCUGUUUUAUUCUCUUGUACUUGGAAAUCAACCUGUAAUGAGGUUUUACUAGGAAAACCUGGUUGUGCUUCAUUAAGAGCCAAAGCACACAGUCGUUUUCCUCUUGAACUCAUAAUUCCUUCUUUAUAUUCAAGCCUAAACCUUCACACAACAUUCAACAACACAAAAUUCUGAUAAAUUUUACAAAAACAGAAUUGUUAGGUUAGAAAACCAAAAUUAAAUUAGAUAAAUAUACGACGUUCAUUUAUACAAAAUGUUUCCCGCCUUAUUGCAACAGUGAGAUAUUUACAUUUAUCUCAGUGUUGCAUGUACGUGAUUGAAGGAAUAUUAAAGCAACCCUAAGAUAUUGUUAAAAACCCAGUAUUGCAUUAAACUCAAGCCCAAAUAAAAUAAAAAGCAACAGUGAAGUUUGUUUUUUUUUAUAUUUUAUAUAUUUUUGUCGAGAUAUCUUAGUGUUGCAAUGUGUUAAGCUUGGCCUUAGCUUUAGUAUGGUGUAUUUAUCUCAAAAACAGUUAAUUAGGAUUUAUCUCACUGUUCUAUUCAGGUAUCGAUAUGCCUAAAAACAUUUAAUUUCUCUCCCAAAAAAAAACGCAAUUCUUUCAAUUUUGUAUCCAAAAUAAUUAAAACCCAAUUUCCAAGCGACCUAACUUGGAUCUUUGGUAAAUUAAGGUUAUUUUAUUAUGAUCUCCUGUCCUGACCACAAAAAUAUUUAACAGCCCCUCUUCUGGAUUCAUCUUCAUUAUAAAUGAUGCCAAUUUUACACACUGAAGUCGUUCAUCAGUUGUAUUUCAAUUUAAAGAAAAAAUGUUAAUCCUUUUCGAUAAUUAAAAGUUAUAAAUAAGUUGUGAUAUUUAGGCAAGGAUGAAAUAUACGAUCUUAACUCGAUUGGCAAUACUUAAUUACUAGUAAGGACAAAUUUCUUAUUAAUCCCAAUAAAUUAGACUUUUUCACCAAACCAAUAUUCAAGCUCGAGGUUAUAAUUGAUCAUUUAAAGACACCACAAAGCACUUCCAAAAAACACUUCACCACUUGCACAACAGUCUUAUUAUAUUAUAUAUAUAUGUAGGUUAUAAGUAAAUUUUUGUGCCGAAGAAACAUAAUAAAUAAGCCUUCCUAAACCAGUGCAACUUAACCUCUACAAUUUUUUUAGAUAUAUCGUAGUUCGUACUACAUACUGCAUAUGCUAGACAGAAUAAUGUAGUUUGUACUUAUUGUACUUAUAUUAAAAUGUUUUCAUAGUUGUGUACCUCUUUAUUGUAGUUUUUCACCAAUCAAAACUUGAUAAGGCCUCGGACCUUUAGCUGUAAUGUAUUAAAUGUUUAGACGAUAGUAUUUAAUGAGGUUUUUUUAAAUCUUAUGACUAAUAAGUGUAGUAUGCACUUUAAAGUUUCUCUUCAAACUCCUUCUUACAGAUACAGUGGAUCCUAAUCUUAUAUAGAGGUUUUAUGGUGCCAAACGACAAAUUAGAGACAGAGUUCCUUCAUGAUUUUUAUAUAAAAAAACUCCUCUAAUACUUGGGCACUUAGGUGCUGCUAACGCUUUAAAGUGUUUUUGCAUGCGUGAUAUCCUCGAUUUUAUUCAUGUAAAUAUGUUACAGUUAAAUAUAGUGUUUUUGUUUGCUUAAUUUUAUUUUAAUCAAUCGAUGUAAUAAUAUGUGCUUUCUAAAAGCACUACUCCUCAUUAAAAUGCGAAAAUAUAAGGUUUAUUUUUAAUACGCCCGAAUUAUUUUUAUAUGGCAAUAUAUUGUUUAUUUGUUUACUUACUUUAGUUGAUAGUAUCAAAGAUACAAUUUGCUUAGAUAUCCAUAUAUGUGAAAGAUGACAUGGUGCUUUUUUAUUUUCUUGUAAUUGCCUUAAAGAUCGAUAUUAAAAGAUAUUUAAACUU